AUGGAGCUGGACACAUCCGUCCGCAGCAUUAAUGGGGGAACGUCACCACAGAGAGAAUACCGAUAUCAAACCACCGGUGCUGCUUCUUCAAAUUAUGGUAUUGAAGACGAAGUCACAUCACCAGGAGGAAUGAGUAAAGGGCCGGGAGAUCCAACGCAAUAUUCGUGCUCUGACUCGUUUCCGAGUCUGGCGGCCCCACUCUCGAGCGAUCAGCAGUACAUCAGAAGUGUUUCUCAUGUGGGCUUUACGAAGGCGCUGCUGGCCCAGAAACCGAGCCCAUGGACGAAGCCGAUGUUUAAGCUGUAUUACUUCCUAUUUGUGGCAUUUUUAUCGUCUACUAUCAACGGCUAUGAUGGAUCUGUCAUGGGUGGGAUUAAUGCUAUGAAGGAGUAUCAAGAUUACUUCGGGAUGAAAACUCUUGGAUCAAGCACAGGUAUAGUCUUUCUGGUCUAUUCGAUUGGACACUUCAGUGGCUGCUUCAUCUGUGGCCCAAUAGCAGAUGGAUGGGGAAGACGAUGGGGCCUAUUCACCGGUGCUUUUAUAACAAUCAUUGGGACAUGCGUCCAGGCAACUUCAAGCACACCCACCCAAUUUAUGGGGGGAAGAUUUAUACUGGGUCUCGGCGCGGCCAUUUUGACGACGGCUGGUCCGACCUAUGUAGCUGAGAUGGCACAUCCGGCGUGGAGAGGUACCUUGACGGGGCUUUACAACACCUGGUAUUUUGUUGGCGGGAUUGCAGCAAGUUGGGCAAUGUAUGGAACUGACACCAUCAAAUCGCCCCAGGCCUGGAGAAUCCCAUUAUGGCUACAAAUCGCUGCCUCUGGAUCACUUCUCGUCAUGUGUCUUUUGUGCCCUGAAACGCCGCGUUGGCUUGUUUCAAAUGACCGCAAUGAAGAAGCAAUUCGGGUCAUAACGAUGUACCACGGCGAGGGUAACCGGAAGUCACCAAUAGUACUUCUUUCGUACAAGGAGAUGCUUGAAGAGAUAGUUAUUUCGGGAUCUGAUAAGCGGUGGUGGGAUUAUUCCGAGUUGUGGAACACCACCACUGCCAGGUGGAGAAUGGUCUGUGUCAUCGGUAUGGCUUUCUUCUCUCAGUGGUCCGGCAAUGGCGCUGUAACACACUUCAUGCCCGUCCUUCUUGAAAACAUCGGCAUCACAGACGAACGGACCCAGCUCAAACUCAACGCAAUCCUUAUGGUACUCUGCUUUAUUGUUGCAUUUGUAGGCGCCUUCCUCGUCGAUCGUGUAGGACGCCGUCCUAUGCUUCUUAUCGGAACAUGCCUCUUUGUCAUAUGGUGGACCGUUAUCCUCAUUCUUUCUACCUACUACGGGAAGGAAAGUAAUACAAAUCUCGAUGGAAGCCGCACGAUGAUUGCGUUCAUCUAUCUCUUUAGCAUCACGCACUCGUUCGCAUAUACACCACUUCAGAUGCUAUACCCCGUAGAAUGCUUGUCAUAUGAAACUCGGGCCAAGGGUAUGGGCGUGUACAAUUUUUUUGUGAAUGUCGCAGCAAUCUUUAACACCUAUGGCAUGGCAACUAUCAUCGACAAGAUUAGCUGGGGAUUCGUAUUCAUCUUCAUUGUUUGGGACGUGAUUGAACUUGUCUGUAUCUUUUUCUUUUUUGUUGAGACGAAGAACAGAACGUUAGAAGAGAUCAACGAGAUCUUCAAAUCGCCGAAUCCGAGACAGUGUUCGUUGAUGAAACACGUAAUUGUAGUGACGGAUGGUGAAAUUUCAUAUCGAGGAAUCAAUGGGUCAGUGCAUGGUGGUGGGGCUGAAGAUGGAAAUGGGGGGUAUCGAGAGGAAGGGGCUGAUGCAAGUGGUUCUGUUCGCGGUGAAGGAAGUCAGGGGCAAGUAGAUGGCGAGGGAGAAACAGGUGGUGAGGGAACCCGGGACCGUGAUGAAAGAAUGAGAGAGGAUCGGGAGGAUCGAGAAUGGGGAAGGAGAGAGAAUCGAGAAGGAAGAAGAAGAGAAGAGUUUGAAUCCUACGAGAUAACGGUUCUUCCUAAAAUAUGA